CAUGGCUUCGAACUUGCCAGUUGAGGUGGUGACCCAUAUCAUGAAAUACCUUGGUGUCUCCGAUCGUAAAGAAGCAUCAUUGGUCAACAGAACCUGGUACGAGGCAUCAUUGGAUCCAAUACUUCAGAGAGAUCUUGUGGUCACCUUCAGCUCCAGCCGCAAGUGUGAUGAUCCAAUCACUGAUUUCGGACGGCGACGAAACCCAAAUGUAAUUCUAGACCAGCUUGAUGGUUCAUCAAGGUCAAAGGAAUUACUCCUGAAAUCCUGUCAACACAUGGGUCCAAAUCUGCAGAUGGUCUCCUUCAGAGGAUCGGACAUUACUGAGAACAUUUUCUUCUCAUUCCUGAUUCACUGUAACAGUCUGAUUAAGUUGGACCUCAGUUGUUGUAAUGCACUCUUUAUGUCUGGGAAACUACUGGAGAAGGAGAUGGACAGAAGCAAACUAAAACAUGUACUGAAACAUUUAAAGGAGUUGAACUUGAGUUCCAUUCGACAAAUUUCCGAUGAGACAUUCAAUCGAAUUACAAGUGUUGCACCAGGUCUGGAGGUGUUGUCCCUCGAGUUGUGUACAUUAUGGUUUCAGUCGACAGCCUAUCUCUCCAGAGGACGUGGUGCAAGCAGAAAUUCUGGGAGCUCAAACAUCCUGUCUUUCGACAACUUGGUCAACUAUUUGAAACAGCAGUGUCCUACUUUCAAAUCGAUUAACUUGAGUCGCACAGCAAUAAAUGAUGAGUCUUUGGAAGUUCUUGCAGAAAUACCAGGACUGUACUUGAAGGAGUUGCACCUCGACACCUGUAAAGAGUUAACAGACAAGGGGCUUGCUUGUGCUUUGAGAAAGCAAACCAAGCUAGAAGUGGUUGACUGCCGCAGCUGUUCAGAGGUUGGGAAUGGCACCAUCAUGGCCAUAACAGAACAUUUGCCAAACAUCAGGCAGAUAAAUCUCCGCCAGUGUCUUCGUAUCACAGACACAUCUGUUGCUGGGUUGUGCAACAUUCCGUCAAUCCGCAAACUUGAUCUUUCACCAUGCCAUGAUGUCACCACGAAGGGGCUUAUUCUAGGACUGUCUUCCCCGACUAUUAGUGGAUUGACCCAAUUGAGCUUGAAUGGGUGUAAUGCUGUGAGUGAUAAAUUUGUCUUUUCCAUGUCCGGGGUGCUGAAAAAUUUGGAAAAAUUGGACCUCAGUUCCUGUUUCUCCAUAACUGAUGUAAGUGUUCAUGCCAUAUCCAAGAACCUCAAGUACCUGACCCACCUGAAUCUCGGUUGGUGUAAGCACAUUACCGAUGCAGGUCUACUUGGGCUUGUGAAUGAUAAGAUACUCAAGCAUGAACACGAUGCUUUGUGUAAGUGCAUGAGAAAAAUGGACAAAAGCGAUGUGUUCAAAUUCUAUCACCCGACAAUGGCCAAGAUUGACCCAGUACCAGUCCUGCUGAAUGAGAAAGAGAUUAAGGAAUUGCAGCGACAGCAGCAAGAGGAGGGCCAGAUUUACCCCAUCAGUAAUCUUGCUAGGUUGCAGGUCCUCAACUUGGAAGCCAUACCCAGCAUCACUGAUAUCAGUCUCACUCAAGUCAUAACCUUCAAGGAGCUGAGGACAUUGAACUUGACCAUGUGUAAAAAGUUGUCUGAUGCCACAUUGUUUCGUAUAGCAACAGGUGCUCCCAGUCUGGAGGAAUUGUCCAUUGGGCAAUGUACUAAGAUCACUGAUAAUGGUCUCUACCUUGUGUUGAAGAGCCUGCAGCGUCUCACAUCUCUGCAUGUAACGAGCUGUGACCUCCUUACAGAUAAAACCGUCUCCAGGAUUGCAGAGAAGUGCAAGCGGCUGCGCCACCUUGAUGUUUCAUUCUGUAGCUUGAUAACAGAGGAGGCCAUGGAUGUUCUUGAAAGUCACCUGCAGCAUCUUACAGACGUGAAGAAAAGAUACAUCACAAUGGCUGAAUAUGUCAUGGUGUAAGAACACUUUGAUGUGGCGGUGGUUUGAAUAAUUUCAAAGUGAAAAGUGAAGAAGAUAGCUCUUGUAUUUUGGGAAAGGGUCAAAUAUUUAUAGAUAUUUAUUACCAGUGUGUCAUGUAUCUUGUCAUUCUUGAUGUGUUGUCGAGAACUUUGAAAACUAGUGCCAGUGCUCUUUUAAACUUAAGUCGUUAAGUUGUGUUUGUUUGUUGUCUUGAAGAUGAAGGAUUGGAGUACCGGUAUUAAUGCAAUGCUUAUUCAAAUAGUGAAAUUGGCAAAUGUGUUCAUUGUUUAAAACAUUGAGAUUGACACACCAUUAUAGCAUAGAAAUGUUGAAAAAAGUUGGUCUACGGUAAUUAAAAUGAUAGAUGGAGAGACCAUGAAAUAUGCACAGAAUGUAAUAUAUAAACUAGUGUUUAAAUGUAGUCAUGUUUAUAAGUGUCUAUAUGUAUUGUAUCUACUCUGCAAUAAUAGAAAAGCAACUUCUGGUGUCAGUUCUUGUUUCAUCUUAUAGAUUGACACACAUUUUCUCUGUAUAUACUCCAAAAUGAAUGCAGAUUUUGCUUUUCAAAUACAUUCCUAGGUUGCUGCAAAAUCUGUGAUAUCAACGUUUAUCUCUGUACAUAUUGAUUAUACUGCAACGGUGGUAAAUAAAUUUAUU